AGUCUCUGUGGCUGCCACGAUGCGGUGGCAGGACCGCCUGGCUGUGCUCUGCUUUCCACAAGGCCUGAUGCUCACCGUGGCGGCACUGAUGCUCUUCUUCGUACACCUGAGCGUCUUUGCCAGCGACAUGCACAACUUCUGCAUCACCCACAACUACGACCGCAUGAGCUUCCGCUACACGAUCUUCCUGAUAUUCUCCCAGGUGAUCAGCAUCUGCUGGGCUGCCAUGGGGUCACUCCAAGCUGAGAUGACAGGUGACAAGUUUCUUCGCUGCUUUGCCCUGACCAUCCUGAUUCUAAACGGAGCCAUGUUCUUCAACCGCCUGUCCCUGGACUUUCUUGCCAUCCAGUACCGGAAGGAGAGCCACUGA